AUGACUCUUACUCAAUCAUUUAGCAGUGGAAUUGUGCAAGCACCCUUUUUGACAAGCUCUGGUCUUCUUCCAAAAACGUGGGGUUUUAUCUCUUCACGUGACGAAGGGAUCGUUCCCCACGUGGGGAAUGGAUUGUUCUGGAGAGUUUAUAAGGAGCUGGAUUUGACCCUUGUGGUGUUUGAGGUCAAACAUGAUUAUCUUCAACCGGAAUUGGUUUCUUCUUCUGAUCCCAAGGAGAAGAAUAACUUCCUCCACUUUGAGUUUCUGUAUACCAAGAAAAUUCAAGAUUUCUCUGUUAACAAGUCUGCAGUUUCGCUAUUCAUUGACAAUCUUGAGAAGCUUGAUGAAUUGAGGUCCAAGAUUGCUAGCUCCCCUCGAUUGAUUGUUACUGGACAUGGUCUUGGAGGACCAAUUGCUUCUCUCUUCACUUUAUCGCAAUUUGAUAGCAAUGAUGACAAAAAGAAUCCCUCAGAAAAAAAGAAACCCCCUCUCUGCAUCACCUUUGGUUCUCCCCUUGUUGGUGACAAGAAGUUGCAAGAAGCCAUAUCUCGUAGUUCUACGUGGAGUGCUUGCUUUCUACAUGUUUUCUCUUACAAAGACCAAGUUCUCAAAAGAUUGCAUCCUCACACCAGUGCUUACAUGCCUUUUGGGACAUAUCUCUUCUGCUCUGAUGUAAAUUCUACUUGUUUUGAGUACCCCGAGUCUGCUUUGGGACUUCUCAUGAGCUCAAUCAAUGAUCAAAAUCAAGGAUUUCAGCCCGUAGAUUAUGGAAAACUUGUGGAAGAUCUUUAUCGUAAAGCAAUUUGCAAGGACUUUAUCCCACAGGGGGUGGACUUAACUCAUUCUAAUUCACUGCAUGCAAGUAUCUGUUUGCAGUUAGGUGCAGCACUAGGAUUGACACCAGAUAUGCAGAAGCUACAACACCUGAACAUUGAUAUAAAUGCUUUGGCAACAAAGCUGGAAGGACUGGAGAAUAAAUUCAUGAACCAGAAGAAGGUUAAAUUUGACCCAUCCAAAAAAUUGAAUGUGAUGAAGAUAGACAUGGCGAAACUUGAAUGGUACAAGAAGCAUUCUAAAAGUCAAGGUAUUGGGUACUAUGACAGCUUCAAAAAUCGUAUCUCAACAUUUGACCAAGAUGCAAUUCUGUGGCAGAAAAACCUCAGACACUACUGGAGUGACAUGGUUGAAGAGGCAGAGAUGAAACCUCAGACAGAAGCUGCAGCUUUUCGGACUCGCUGGCUUUUCGCUGGAACUAACUGCAGGAGAAUGGUUGAGCCCCUAGACAUUGCUGAAUACUAUCGGAAUGGUCUUAGUGACUAUGAGGCUAACGGAAGGUCUAGACAUUAUGUAGUGUUGGAGCAGUGGCUGCAAGAAGAUAAGAAAGGAAAAAGUGAUUCAAACAGCACAAAUAGAAGGAAUGUGGAAUUGAUUUUAACCUUUGAUUCUUGCUUUUGGGCAAAGGUUGAAGAGGCUCUCCUUUUGUGUCAACAGUUGGAGAGUUUCAAAGAGAAGGAGGAGGCAAAAAGGAAGUUGCUUGAAUUUGAAGACUAUGUUUAUGGAUCACUGAAAAAGUAUGAAGUGUCACCAGAGAUUUUCUUGAAGGGAAGUAGUUACAUGACUUGGUGGAAUAAGUAUAAAGGGAUUGCAGGUAAUCCAGGACUAGCAAGCUUCAUGAGCAAUCCUAAUCAUUGUGCUCAGUAUACUGAAGGAGCAUAUGUUUUCCCCUGA